AUGGCCCACCGAGCCACAUCGGAGCCGGCCGGCGACGAGCAGCCGCCCGUGGAACCGCCCGGGUCACACAACCAACCCGACGCGGCGCGUCCGGAAGAAGCUGGCAUACCCAUGACGGAGAAGCCCCGUAGGAUCGAUGAUGAGAAGCGCGACGACCACGACGACGACAACCGAUCCCGUUCCACUCUUAACCUGCACACCAAAUCCGCGAGCGACAAAGAGGCCGGCCAGUCGCAGCCUUCUCUCCAGCAAGUCGAAUCACGGGACCUCGAGCGUCAGGAACCGCAAGAGGUGGACGAGGUCGGCGAGCGGGAAGGAGGUGGCGAUGGCGACGGAGACGGAAACCAAGACGGAGGCCAAGCUGACGCCAACGCGCCGGCCGCCGAGGAACCGGAGGCGCAGCGGACGCGACUGCAGACGACCAUCAUCAUGGGCGCAUUGUGCUGCGCACUCUUCCUCGCGGCGCUCGACGUCACCAUCAUCACGACGGCGGUACCGACCAUUGCGUCCGAGUUCGACUCCAACCUCGGGUACACUCGCCACGGCCGUGUUUUUAUCGGAUCUCUGCUGUGCGGCGUCAGCGUCCACAUGGGCAUGCUCAUCGCGUCGCGGGCGAUCCAGGGCGUCGGGGGCGGCGGCAUCCUCGCGCUCGUCAACAUUUGCAUCAGCGACCUCUUCUCCAUCCGCACGCGCGGCUUCUACUUUAGCAUCAUCGGCAUGGUCUGGGCCGUCGCCUCCGCCAUCGGCCCGGUGCUGGGCGGCGUCUUCACCAGCAAGAUGACGUGGCGGUGGUGCUUCUACAUCAACCUGCCCAUCUGCGGCGCCGUCUUCGUCCUGCUCUUCUUCUUCCUCAAGCUGCACAACCCGCGCACCCCCAUCAGCCAAGGGCUCGCCGCCAUCGAUUGGCUUGGGAGCGUGACCAUUGUCGGCGGUACCGUCAUGUUCUUGCUCGGCCUCGAGUUUGGCGGCAUCACGCACCCGUGGUCGUCGCCGAUGGUGCUCUGCCUGCUCAUCUUUGGCGUCGCCGUGGGGCGCAACAACGUGGGCGCGCUGCUCGUGGGCUUCAUCCACUCGACGCUUUUCCUCUCGGGCAGCUACUACUUGCCGCUCUACUUCCAGGGCGUCCUCGGCGAGUCCUCCCUCAAGUCAGGCAUCUACAUCCUCCCCUUUGUCAUCUCGCUCUCCAUCGUGUCGGGCUUCAUCGGCAUCAUCAUCAAGGCCACGGGCAACUACAAGAUCGGCAUCAUCGUGGGCAUGCUCAUCAUGACGCUGGGCGUGGGCCUCUUCAUCGACCUCGACGCGCACAGCUCCAUGGCCAAAAUCAUCCUCUACCAAAUCGUCGCGGGGCUCGGCGUGGGACCCAACUUCCAGUCGCCCCUCAUCGCGUUCCAGGCCGGCGUGGAGCCGCGCGACAUCGCGUCCGCCACCACCACGUUUGCUUUUACGCGCCAAAUCGCCGGCACCGUGGCCAUCGUCGUGGGCGGCGCCAUCUUCAACAACGAGAUGCAGAAGCAGUACCCGCGUCUGCUCGUCGAGCUGGGCCCCGCGCUGGCGGAGCGGCUGUCCGGGGCCAACGCGGCGGCGAGCGUGGCGCUCGUGGACGAGCUGGACCCGGUGCCGCGCAUGGUGGCGCGCCAGGCGUACGCCCGCGCGCUGCAAAAGAUGUACAUUGUGUACGCGGCGUUUGGCGCGGUCGGCGUGGUCGCGGCGUUGAUGGUGCGGCAGAAGAAGUUGAGCAAGCAGCAUACGGAGCAUAAGACGGGGCUGAGGACGCUGCGGAGCCGAGAGAAGAAGAGGAAAUAG